AUGAAUCUCCUACUGACUCUCGCCCUUGCGGGCCUUGUCGCGGCUCGUCCAAUGGACCUCACUACCCGUCAAUUCGAUCUGGGUAACGAUCUUCGAACAGGCCCUUGCAAGCCCGUCACCUUGAUAUUUGCCCGUGCGACGACCGAACCCGGUCUCUUGGGUAUUUCGACGGGUCCAGCCGUUUGCACUGACCUUCAGCUAGCAAAACCCGGCCAAGUCGCCUGCCAAGGCGUCGGACCUGCAUACACUGCAGAUAUUCCAUCGAAUCUACUUCCUGGAAACACCUCCCCGGCAGCAAUUGCCGAGGCCGUGAGUCUGUUCAAUGAAGCUGCGACAAAGUGUCCCGAGACACAGAUCGUAGCGGGUGGCUAUAGCCAAGGCACAGCUGUUAUUGCUGAUUCUAUCACGAAGCUCUCGCAGAGCGUCAAGGAUAGGAUUAAAGGUGUUGUCCUGUUCGGAUAUACGCGUAAUGCACAAGAGUUUGGGGGAAUUAUCGAUUUCCCCAAGGACAAGGUUAAGGUGUACUGUGCUCCUGGGGACUUGGUUUGUGAUGGGACGUUGAUCAUCACCCCGGCUCACUUCACUUACGUAGCUGAUACCGGGGAUGCGAGUCGGUAUCUGGAGUCGAAGUUGAGUACCUGA